AUGACUUUCGGAUACAACGCAAACCUAUUUAGCGACUGUGCUACAGGAAGGCUCACAACCUUUGCCAACAACCUGAUCUCGGGACUUGAGAUGAAGCGAAGAAAACCAUGGGAAAAAGCGCGGCCUUGCCUUUACAUUUGCCAUAGUAUGGGAGGUAUCGUGCUGAAACAGGCAUUGAUUACCGCCACCCUGCGGAACAAUUCGGACGUGCUCAUGAGGUCCAAUGCGGGCAUAGUCUUUCUAGCGACUCCUCAUCGCGGGAGUGCCUCGGCUCAGUUAGCUGACAUGGGAAGCAAAAUAGCCAAAGCGUUCAAGCUCGGAUCUGCUUCCACACUGUCAGCAAGUCAGAUCAAGGGAUUUUCAGACAGCGUGAUGGAUAUUCACGAGAGUUUCAUCCACCUCCCGACCGCAUUCAAUAUCUGGAGUUUCUUUGAACUAAAAGGGAAACCUGGCCUGGGAGUUAUUGUUCCAGACUACUCGGCGAAAAUGGAAGUCCAAUGGGAGAAGCACACAAUAGGUCUGGAUCUGCAUCAUGUGGAGAUGUGCAGAUUUGAGAGGGAAGAUAACAACUUUGAGAUGGUCCGCGAUUGCUUGGACAUGCUAGCUGAAGAAAUCGUGGCACAAAACCGAGACAACCUUGUGGCCUCUCGACGUGAAAGAUCGACCAAGAUAUCGACAUCGCACCCUUCUUUGGACUCAAGUUGGAACUACGAUGCUCAACUCGAAUGUUCGCAACAGCAAUACCCAAACAUCGUUACAUCGAACAACACCAUUGAGUCGAACAACACCAUUGGGUCGAACAACACCACUGGGUCGAACAAUGCCUUUGCCCCAAGCAACAAUUUCACGGCAAACAUCAUAAUUCAAGGACCAGGUACCAAUGAUUCGCAGCCGGGAAGAGCUUCUCAUCGAAGCGAAUCGUAUUCAACACAACCGAAGAAGAUAAUCACCAAUGAAUUGCCCGCGUUUGUUGAUUCAAGCUUCCAGGGUCGAGAACAGAUAUUGACGAGAAUUGAGCAACACUUCCAUGAGAGCUUCGAUCACACACCAGCUUUUGGUCUUUACGGCCAAGGAGGUGUCGGAAAAACACAGAUCGCAUUGAAAUAUGCGCACAGCCACUACCUCGAUUUCGAUGCAAUUUUUUGGAUGUAUGCCGAUACUGCCGAGAAAUUGAAGACCGAGUGUGACAAGAUAGUAGCUCGGCUCUAUCCCGGGCUCCCGGCGACCCCAGACGGCAGCAGGGCAAAGUUCAAGGAGUAUUUGCAAGACCAAUCAAGAUGGUUGCUUAUACUGGACAACGCCGAUGACCUGGAGUACGUCAAGCCCUACUGGCCAGCUCGGAUCGGAGGAGGCGGCAGCAUCAUUCUCACGUCCAGGAAUCCUGAAGCGUCUGGGUCACCUCUGACUGCGAGUGAGAAGGUUGAAUGUCUACCACAAGAGGCGGCGGCAGACUUCUUGCUCUUCCAAGGUCCAAAAUUCAGGUCAGAGUCCAGAAGCUUAACGCUCAAGGUAGCUGAGAGAGUUGGAGGACUCCCUCUUGCUCUUUGCCAUGUAGCGAGCUUUGUUGAAGAGAACUUCAUCAGCUGUUCUGAACUUCUCGAAAUGUGGGAGUCGCACGAAGAUGAGGAGUUCAUCAUGGAGCAUAACGCUGUUGGGGCACUGUUCGGUUAUGAGAAGACGCUCAAAACCGUGUGGGACGUGUCGUUGAACAAACUCAGGGAGUCCGCUCCUGACGCCAUAGACCUCUUGGACAUCUUGGCGCUUCUUGAUCCGAACGGCAUUUCGAUCCAAAUCUUGAUGCACUUCCGGAAGCCUCCAGCAAAAAAGAUGUGCCGAUGCAUUUCGGAGCGACCGUCCCAUCUCUCAUCCCGUGCAAGACUCCGUCGUUUGGGUCUCAUUGACUUUGACGAGUCGCGGUCAACCGGAGGCCAGGAACAAGUCAUCAUGAUCCACCGUCUUGUUCAAGAUGCGGCAAAAAGACGCUGGAAUGAUUCAGAAAGACAGCGAGCUUUUGAAUGCGCCUGCUACUGCAUGUCUGAGGUUUUCCCUCGCCAAAUCAAAGGCCAAUCCAUGAUUGAUUUCUACCCUGCUUGUGGAAAUCACAGCGCGCACAUUCUCCGAUUGGACCAGUAUUUUCAGGAUAAUCAUGAGCAGCUAAAGCCCAGCAUUGCCUUCGCUGAGGCUCUAGCUCAUUGCGGCUGGUAUUUCUACGAGCGAGAUCAGAUUUUGACUGCCAAACGAGUUCUGGAGACAGCCGAGAAGAUAUGUCUGGAUCUGACGCCGCCUUACAACUUGAUCCUGGGACUUGUGUACAACAACAUGGGAGCCAUCUACGUGGACCUCAGGAAACGCGAGCAAGGCGCAGAAUACACGUUCAAGGCCAUUCAGAAUCGAGAAGCCUGCUUGUCAAGAGACGAUCCAAACAUUCAGGAGCUGGCAACUUCAUACAGCAACUAUGCAAACCACAUCCGAAAACUUGGAUCGAGAGACCGCGCACGGGAAUACUACUUUAAGGGCCUUGAGAUUCGGGAGAAUUGCCCGGGUUGCACGCCGGCACUUCUCGAAUUGACUCUGCACAACAUCGCAAAUUUCUACUACGAGAACGGUGAAAUGCAAACUGCUUGCAGGUACAUGGAGCGGGCAUUGUCACAGCAUCCGUUGUGUGGCCGAACCACCAAUUACAUGCUCAACACGCGCUACGCGCACGGUAUGAUCCAGCGUGCUUUAGGAGAUAUUCCAGCAGCAUACCAAACCCACAAGGAUUGCUUGGAGGAGUCCAUCAUCAUCGGAGGGAAGAACCACACGAUGACAGCAGUUUCAUACCACCGUAGGCUCUGGCGAUUCUGA